GCCUGCAUGGUGAAGUAUAUUUUUGAGCCAUAAUUGCAGUUGUAUCUAAUCUCGUGUUUUAGCUAUUUUUAGAAAAUUCAUUUUCCCUCCAAAGCUUUCUUGUUUGGGUUCUCCCCUUUAUUGACGGUCCCUGGACUGGCCGGAUUCCCAUAGCAACCCAUGUAAACAUUUCCUACUCAAUGGACUGCUGUACUGUUGAAACCGUGGUUGUAAGUUAUUUUUUUUAAAUUCGUUAUUAUGCUUUUAAAUGUGCUUUUUGUGUCGCGUAUUGACCCUGGAAUUGAAAUUCCCGUUAACCUUUCAGCGGUGAAAGACGUCAGUUGCCCGACGUUAACAUAAUGCGCGUAACUCGCUUUAAAAUCAUUUACGUGCCAUUCACGCGUAUAGUACUGCGUCAUUGAUGCAAUCAAGAUCGAAAUUCUUUUGAUGAUUGUUUUGACAACCCUGACCCCAAGCACAUUUUUGUGAUUAUCACUUUUUGGUGUGUGAAGAGGGCGUUGUGGGAUUAAAAACGUUUACGUCGCACUAAUUUCAUUUGAUUCAUUUUAUAGGGUUUUUUUCCAUUCCUAUUUCCGAGGAAAAACAAAUCAAGACCCAGCAUUCAACGUUGCAAUGUGCAGCGAAUACUACGACAAGCUUGAAAUCAACAGAAAUGCGACAGACGCAGACAUAAAAAAAGCGUAUCGACGUCUGUCACUCAAGUUUCAUCCCAGCAGCAACAAAGAACCAGAAAGUGCAGAGAAAUUUUACCAACUGGGUGAAGCCUACGAUGUUUUGAGUGACCCUCGAAAAAAGGCAACAUAUGACAAGUUUGGAGUGGAAGGCCUGAAAGGUGGAAUCCCAUAUGAGUUUGGCAGCGGUGGUGCCUGGUCAACUAAAUACGUAUACCACGGCAAUCCAGACAAAACCUUCCGUCAAUUUUUUGGCAGUGACAACCCAUUCGCAGACUUUUACACAAAUGACAUCCCACUGCUGUUGGGUGGCCUGCUACCAGAAGAGGUCAAGACGCAAGAUCCCCCCAUCGAGAGGGAUCUUCAUUUAUCCCUGGAUGACCUCUUCCACGGUUGUACUAAAAAAAUCAAGAUAUCACGAAGGGUUAUGAAUGAUGAUGGCUACACGUCGGGUAUUAAGGAUAAGAUUCUGUCGAUUGAUGUGAAGCCUGGAUGGAAAGAAGGCACAAAGGUCAUUUUUUCCAAAGAGGGGGAUCAGGGCCCAAACAAGAUCCCUGCAGAUAUUGUGUUCAUAGUGCGACAGAAAGCUCACCCUCAAUUCAAAAGACAAAACAAUGACUUGAUCUACAAGGCCCAAAUCUCACUGGCAAUGGCUUUGACGGGUUGCUCGGUCAAUGUGGAAACACUCGAUGGCAGACUACUCAACAUUCCCAUCAAUGACAUUGUGCACUUCACAUACCAAAAAGUGGUGACUGGGGAGGGGAUGCCGCUCUCCCAGAAUCCUUCCCAGAGAGGAAACCUCAUCCUCACUUUUGGCAUCCAGUUUCCAGAGAGGCUCUCCCCAGACAGGAAAGAUCUUAUCAAACAAGCUCUACUUUUUAAAAAUUGAUCACAAUCUGUCUUCUUUAUUCGUCAUCAAGAAGGGAAAUGGAAUUCCAUUAUGCUUAAUAGGUCAUAAUGACAAACUGCUGAGUCAUGCUAAACACACUGCUUUUAACCAAACAUGUGGUUUAAGUUUGCUUAUGGCACAUUCCCUCGGGCAAUUUUUCACAGCCCAUUUACACUAACCGACCAUAUGCUGUAUGUACAAUAUACAAAUUAUGUAAUCAUGUCAGAAUAUUUGGAGCACCUCAAAACCACAAUAAUGCACCUAUUGUCGUCGUAUAUUUGAGCGUAGAUGUUUGUAUAGCUCUUGCAUCGUGUUUCAUUGGAUUGUGCUGGUGUACCUAAUGUUGUGGCUGGACCCUGGUCUGUCUUCACACACCUCCCAGCACUUAAGAGGGUGUUACAAAUUUAUUGUCCAUCAUCAGGAUAGUUAGCAGUUCACCAUAUGACAACUGUUGGCAAUUGCAAACCAGUUUAGCCAGAAAAUCAAACCAGCCUGAUUUUUUUUUGAUACUCGCAAACCAGUUGAUCUUUUUUCAUAAACCAGUACGCUGUCGAUUUCACGCCCCAGUCACAACAGCAUGUCCACCUCUACAAUCUAUGAGAAUACAGAAACCAAAAUAUUAGAAUCACCUUUCACAAGUGCCUGUGAGAGUAAAUCCAAUAAAGUUUAAAUCCAAUAAAGUUUACUGACUCCCCAUUUUCCCUUCAAGUAAGAUAUAUGUUCGGUGACUUGAUAGACAGUGGCAAUGUAAAUCAUACACUUAAAUAACAAUUGUUUGCAAAAAUGAUGCUUUAUUGUACCUUCUUAACACUUUUGUCACAUGUUUAGAAUUUAUUGACCAGCAACAAAUCAAUGUAUUUCAGUGCAUUUCCUAUCAUUAAACCCGGGCUCACAAGCAGGAACUGUGACACUCCAAAAACAAACCAAUCAUAUUUUAGUCUACUUGUUGUGUGUGGUCUCAAGAAAGAAAUACCGUACAAACGUAAGCAACACUUCCAUAUGAUCUGCUCGUUUGUUUUUGUAAACAUAAACAUCCUGUUUUCAAGCAGACACCCAAUUUGGAUCUGCAUAUUUGGGCCCUUAACUAAAUUGCAAAAGGAGGGCUUGCAACAAUUCCCAAUUCCAGCAGGAAUUUGUGGACCUCUGAUCUACCUGAGCUGUGACCACCUGGCCCCGCCCCCCAGCCCCAAAAAACGAUUUCUCUUUGUACUCAGUGGCAACUAACCACUCGUCAUCACUGUCCACUUGCAUGAAUCUUUGGUCUGUGUGUUGAUUCUUGCUGGA